CUGCACUGAAUGAAUGGAAGAGCCUCCAGGGUUUUCUUCUGCUUCUCGCCCUGGACUGGAGAAGUGAAGGGACACCUCUCUAUGUUCAUCCAUCCCUAUUUCGCUCCAUCCAUUCCCGAGAGGAUUUCAGACGGUGCAAUGUGUUUUCAGCCUCUUGCCGCUGCUACCACUUGAUACUAUGCUACGCGCAGGGAGAGGGCUUUGCAAAAAUGGAUUUGUUCGAUUUUAAAGGAUUUCUUCUCUAAUAAGGAUUGCAUUGCACAGAAAUAUGACUAAAUCCCCUAUUUGGUAAAUCUUUCUUCCCCCCACCCCUCCUCUUUGGGUUCCCUCCCGCCCGCCCCCACCCCUUCAGAGCAGCAAGCACAGGGAGCUGAUGACGGACCCAUUAAUCCCUUCUUCAAUGCAUCAAAAGAAGCCGAAGGGCUGGAAGUCGCUGGGCUCGGAGUCCUGCAGGAAAUGCUUCGAUCUCCUUUUGGUUUUGUAUGAAACUGGUGACUAGGGGCUCGGCUCGCCCCGCCGCCGCCGCCCGCCGGCACCUGGAUGCGCGGGCCGCCGCCGCCGCCGCCGCCUUGCCCGCCGCCGCCGCGAUGCAACGCCGAUGGUGGUGCUGAUGAUAGCUCGGGUGUGAUGGGAUUGAGCCGGCGGUGAUUAUUUGAAGGCGGUGAGGGAGAGCGAGUGAGAGGAAGGGCUGCUCCGCUCUGCUGUGUGUGGGCUUCGGGAUUUUUUUUUUUUUCCUUCUUCUUUUCCUACUUCCAUCCUCUCCCCGCCACUGGAAGUCCUCCCGUAUCUAAAUGGAAUUAGUGGAGACCGGAGCCCCUUGUGUAAGGAUCAGACAUGACCCAUGGGCGCAGCUUCUUUCACAUUGUAGCAAGUCUAAUCAUCCUACAUUUGUCUGGGGCAACCAAAAAAGGAACAGAAAAGCAAACUACUUCCGAAGGACAGAAACCAGUGCAGUGUGGAACUUGGACAAAAUAUGCAGAAGGAGGCAUCUUCACUUCUCCCAAUUACCCCAACAAGUAUCCUCCUGACAGAGAGUGCAUCUACAUUAUAGAAGCUGCCCCUAGACAAUGCAUUGAACUACACUUUGAUGAAAAAUAUUCCAUAGAGCCUUCUUGGGAGUGUAAAUUUGACCAUAUUGAAGUACGAGAUGGACCUUUUGGCUUUUCCCCAAUCAUUGGACGUUUCUGUGGACAACAAAAUCCACCUAUGAUAAAAUCCAGUGGCAGAUUUCUAUGGAUUAAAUUUUUUGCUGAUGGUGAGCUGGAAUCUAUCGGGUUUUCUGCUCGGUAUAAUUUUACACCUGAUCCAGAUUUUAAGGACCUUGGCGUUUUGAAACCAUUGCCAGUUUGUGAGUUUGAGAUGGGAGGACCUGAAGGAAUUGUGGAAUCUGUACAAAUUGUCAAAGAAGGAAAAGCUUCUGAAACUGAAGCAGUAGACUGUAAAUGGUACAUCCGAGCACCACCCCGAUCCAAGAUCUAUUUGCGAUUCUUGGACUAUGAGAUGCAGAAUUCCAAUGAAUGCAAAAGGAAUUUUGUAGCUGUCUAUGACGGAAGCAGCUCUGUGGAGGAUUUAAAAGCAAAGUUUUGCAGCACUGUUGCGAAUGAUGUAAUGCUGCGGACAGGCCUCGGUGUAAUCCGCAUGUGGGCAGAUGAAGGCAGUCGAAGCAGUCGAUUCCAGAUGCUCUUCACAUCUUUCCAAGAACCCCCUUGUGAAGCCAACACAUUCUUUUGCCACAGUAAUAUGUGUAUUAAUAAUACAUUGGUCUGCAACGGACUCCAGAAUUGUGUGUAUCCUUGGGAUGAAAACCACUGCAAAGAAAAAAGAAAAGCUAACCUUUUGGACCAACUUACCAAUACCAGUGGGACUAUAAUUGGGGUGACUUCUUGCAUUGUGAUCAUCCUCAUUGUUAUCUCUGUUAUAGUACAGAUCAAGCAGCCUCGUAAAAAAUUCGUCCAAAGGAAAACAGACUUUGAUCAAACAGUGUUCCAGGAGGUGUUUGAGCCUCCUCAUUACGAGUUAUGCACCCUCAGAGGGACAGGACCUACAGCUGACCUUGCUGAUGUUGCAGAUGACUUUGACAAUUAUCAUAAACUGAGGAGAUCAUCUUCAAAAUGCAUUCAUGACCAUCACUGUGGAUCACAAGUGUCUAGCAUUAAGGGCAGCCGUAGUAACCUCAGCACAAGAGAUGCUUCUGUCUUGACAGAAAUACAACCCCAGCCUGUAAAACCACUUAUUCAGCCCAUGAACAGGAGAAAUAUCCUUGUCAUGAAGCAUAGCUACUCACAAGAUGCUGCAGAUGCGUGUGAGAUAGACGAAAUUGAAGAGGUACCAACCACCAGUCACAGGCUGUCCAGACAUGAUAAAGCUGUUCAGCGGUUCUGCCUCAUUGGGUCUCUAAGCAAACAUGAGUCUGAGUACAACACAACUAGGGUCUAAGAGACAAACUUGAGACUGCUUGAGAAUAGUGCGCUCCUGGGUGAUUUUGAACAUGCUACAAUGAAAUGUGAAACUAUCGUCCUUGGAAACACCAGCUAGAGGUUUUAUGGACUCUCUGACCAGCUAUUCUCAUAUCAUGACAAAAUUCAGCAAACAGUGUUGAGUAAAAUUACUAGAAGGCAAUAAGACUUUGGUUAUUAUGCUUAUCGGUCAUUUCUCUUUUUCUUUUUCUCUCUUCUUUUUGUUGCAAGUUAAAUUCCCAAUUUCAGGAACAAUUUAUUGAAAUCAGGUAUUUAGCCAUUCAUAAUCACUUCAGUGGAAAUGUUUGUUGGAUAAGCAUCUAGCAAUAUGACUGAAUUUGACAUUGAGAAAAUAACCUGCAUGUAUGUUACUGAAUAUUUGAGUUGGCAAAGAUCCCUUUAUUAGAUACACUGUAAAAAGCAUGCAUUCACAAUUAUUGCUGUUACUGUUCCAUUUCUGUGUCAUAUGCUUGCUACUUGUAACUUUUUAUAUAAAGAUACAUAAAACAAUGUAUAAUAAUUUCUUACCUUGAGUUUAAUGGCAAUGUUUUCUUUUAUCAAAUUUACAAAUCUUGCAUAAUUUGGAAGAUUAAGCUCAAAAUGUAGCUUCUAGGAACUUGAAACCCAGAUAAAUCAGAGAAUCAGCUGUAUCUCAUCUCUCACUUACUGAAAAGCAAAAUACAUUAAUUUUUUAAGACUUAAAUGAAUUCAUAAUACAUAAAGUGUAUCACCUAAUUUCAGUUAAAAGGUUUGUGAUAACCUUUUCUUCAAUUCUGUACUCUUAAAUAAUUUACUUCCAUGGCAAUUAUUAGGAAGUUUGCUUCAGUAGCAGAGUAGCAGAUUUUUAUCAGUUAUACAAAUGUUAUGGCUGGGAUCCAAUUUUAGAGGUACAGAUAUAAACCACUUCUUUAUGCAAGAUAAAAUGAUAUUCAUAAUUCAAGAGAUAAACUUCAGUAACUGACACCAAAAUCAAACCUGAGAGGUUAUUAAGGAAACAUCGUAGGUUGAAAAGCCACAAUUAUGUAAAUUUGAAAACCCCCUCAUUUAAGAACUUGAUAACCAUGCAUUAAAUCAUAGGUUUAUUAUUUAUUUAAAGUAUUAUCUUCCAAAUUCUGUUUCAAAACCAAUCCCAGUUCCUCCUUAAACAUAUUGUGUCAUUCAUGGCUGUUAGGUUUUCCUAUACAAAAAUUUUGAUAGGUUUAUUGAAAAAGUGGGAAGAAUUCCAUGGAUCUUUCCAAAGUAUAAAUAGAUGAGAAAAGAGAAAACCUGAAAGACUGGCAUAAAAUAUAAGGUGAUCUAUAUCAGCUGUUUAAACAUAUAGUACCUAAUUUACAUGAUUAAAAAUACAGGAAAUCUGAUUUCUACAAAACAAUUCCUACAAAUGUGAGUUAGGAAUGACAUGAGAAGAAGAAGGGUUUCAGGUAUUUGCCUCCUUUUUUGUACACUAUAUUUGCAACGUAUUUUACAUAACUGGAUUUUAGCUUGAUGAAUUUGUUUAUUAUCACAUAUUAGCUGCAAAAAACAUCCUCUGUCCACUGCAGGAGUUGAGAAUCAUUGAGUCAUCUCUUGGUUGCAUGGUUUUUUAGCAUGCACUAGUAGUUCAUUCCCAGUUCAGUAUAUCUUUUCAAGUUCAUAUACUUUAUCACUGGUUUUUUUCCCUUGAUAUUUCCAAGUCCUAUCUCAUGAUCCGUUCUUAACUAUAUUAUGUUAU